AUGUUCGCCGGACCCCACGACCAGCUCUCCGAGAAAGAUAUUCGCGAAGGCGAGGCCCAAGCCACCGCGCAGGUGCAGUUCUUCACUGUCGCCUGCGUUGCCCUCUGGUUCUAUCGUCCGGAUGUGGGGAUCAGCGCAGGAGUGAAAAAGAAAAAGAGAAGUCCCGAACAAGAAAUUUAA